CCUGUAUGGAGUAUAUACAGUACGGACUAUGAUGAUGUUGGUCCGCCUUCAGAGGGAAAAUGCUUGAAACGUCUCGCAUCAUCAGUCGCAGUAGACGCUGUGUCACCUGUCGAUCUGCCAGAUCCCAUUCCGCAUCAUGUCUUCAAGUCAUUCACAAGCCUGUUCCCUCCUCUCUGACGGAUUGCGACAAACUCGACUCUUCUCUCAGUUCACUCUCUUACACUUCAGAUCGAUAUAAUCAGCUUCACACUUCAUAUAAUUAUUGUAUUAUAUCCUUCAAAGAGAUAAUAUUCACAAUGUCGCAGCCAAUUGAAGGUCGCAAGGUGCUCUUGUUAGGAAGUGGUUUCGUUACGAAGCCGACUGUUGAACUCCUAAGCAAUGCGGGUAUAGAGGUUACUGUUGCGUGCCGCACGCUUGAGAGUGCCAAGAAGCUUAGCCAGGGCAUCAAGAACACAAAGGCUAUUUCUCUCGACGUCAAUGACAGCGCUGCUCUCGAUGCGGAGCUGUCCAAAGUCGACCUUGUCGUGUCCCUGAUCCCUUACACGCACCAUGCAACUGUCAUCAAGGGCGCGAUUCGCACCAAGAAGAAUGUCGUCACUACGUCUUACGUGUCGCCUGCUAUGAUGGAGCUGGAGAAAGAGGUCAAAGAGGCCGGUAUCACGGUUAUGAAUGAAAUUGGUCUUGACCCUGGCAUUGAUCAUCUUUACGCUGUGAAGACCAUUUCUGAGGUUCAUGAUGCCGGCGGAAAGAUAACCUCCUUCCUCUCUUACUGCGGUGGACUUCCCGCGCCUGAAUGCUCCAAUAACCCCCUCGGCUACAAGUUCUCCUGGUCUAGCCGAAUACCAGGGCCUUCCCGAGAUGAUCCGCACACUCGUCGAUAUGGACUUCCUCAGCGCCGAAGCGAAGGAUUUCCUCGACUCCCCCAUUCCCUGGAAAGAAGCCACCAGAAAAUUCUGGGCGCCACCUCCUCCAGCGAAAAGGAUCUCGAGUGGGCCAUCUCGUCGCGCACCAAGUUCCCCACCACUGAAGAGAAAUAUCGUAUCCUCUCUGGCCUCCGCUGGGUCGGGAUCUUCUCUGACGAGAACAUUAUCCCCCGUGGCAACCCCCUGGAUACGCUGUGCGCAACCCUAGAGUCCAAGAUGCAGUACGAGGAUGGUGAGCGUGAUAUGGUUAUGCUCCAGCAUAGGUUUGAGAUCGAGCACGCGGAUGGAUCUAAGGAGACAAGGACUAGCACUCUGUGCGACUAUGGUGACCCCAAUGGUUAUUCGUCCAUGGCAAAAUUGGUUGGCAUCCCGUGCGGUGUCGCUGUCAAGCAGGUCCUUGAUGGCACCAUUAGUGCGAAGGGUAUUUUGGCACCGAUGAGCAUGGACAUCUGCGCUCCUCUGAUUAAGACUCUUAAGGAGGAACACGGCAUUGAGAUGAUUGAAAAGACUGUUUGA